CCUUCAUUUCCCUUUUAUUUCUCAUCAUCUUCAACCUAAGCCUCACAUAAUUUGUUUAAUUAUAUUCCCAUCUUCAAUGGAAGAAGCUAAUGAACUCAUCGAUUUGCCUCCUGGGUUUCGGUUUCACCCCACAGAUGAAGAGAUCAUAACUUGUUAUCUUACGGAGAAGGUGAUGAACAGUGAUUUCACCGCAUGCGCCAUCGGCGAAGUUGAUUUGAACAAGUGUGAACCUUGGGAUUUACCCAAGAAAGCUAGGAUGGGCGAAAAGCAAUCGUACUUCUUUUGCCAGAGGGACAGGAAGUAUCCGACAGGGAUGAGAACAAACCGUGCAACCGAAUCUGGUUAUUGGAAAGCAACGGGAAAAGACAAGGAGAUUUUCAAAGGGAAAGGAUGUCUUGUUGGGAUGAAGAAGACCCUUGUUUUUUACAAAGGGAGAGCUCCAAAAGGAGAGAAAUCGAAUUGGGUCAUGCAUGAAUAUAGACUUGAAGGCAAAUUCUCUUAUUAUAAUCUCCCAAGAGGAGCAAGGGUAAAUGAUGAAUGGGCUGUUUGUAGGGUUUUUGAUAAGAACACAGGGAUCAAGAAAACUCCGAUUCAAGAUCAUCAUCAGCUGUUGAGAAUCGGUUCUUUCGGCUAUGAUGAUCUUAUCGAUUGCGCUUCGCUGCCGCCGCUCAUGGAACCGGGCUGCUCGUCCGGUUUCAUCGACGGCGAUAUUAAAUUUAAGUCCGCCAUAGCCUCAAACAUCCCAACAAUGACUGAUCAUCAGACCCUUGUUCAAGUUCCUGGAAAUAAUCAUUAUGCAAGCUCUAAUAGUAAUAUUUUCACCACACAAAUCCCAACCCAGAAUCCAGUCUUCUUCCAUCAACGAACCACCAAUCCGGCCUACACCGACUUCGGCCGCAACGAUCAGGCAACGUUAUCGAAAUCGAACUGGCAGUGCAAGGUGGACCAGUUCUCGUCGAACCAAUCAGGGCUCCGCACUGAAAUCAACAACAAUGGGAUUUCAUCGGUUGUUUCGAGGAACAACAUGGAGAUCGGAAUCAGCAAGUCUUUUGAAGAUUUGCGUUGUUUAUGGGACGAGUAGCUAAACAUAAAUAUUUUCGUCGUCGUCGUCAAGUCGGGCAUGUUAAACUUUCUAGGAAAAUAUGUUUUCUUUUCCCCCACUUAGGUAAAUUAUUUUAUUAGUUUGGAAAACAAAUUGG